AUGGGAGUGAGGACCGACGGCUGCUACUUAUAUCAUCUCCGCUUUGCAGAUGACAUGGUGCUUAUAACAUUGAACAAUGAGAAGGCGGAACCAAUGCUUGCCGCUUUCGACAAGGCUUGUGGAAAGAUAGGCUUACAACUGAACCUAACGAAGUUGUUCAUGCGAAACGGAUUGCUACCCGAUGCUCCUUCGAAGCUGAACGGAACGAACAUCUCUGCUGUGCUUAAGCUGGUUGUAUCUAGGCCUAGAAAUUUAUAUGGUAAACGACCUAUCACUGCAGCUGGGCAGAAGGAAAUGUGCGGCGUAUGGAGCAUUUAA